UUGUAUCAGACAAUCUGUGAUUGAAUCCUUCCUCAAAAUUUCCUCAUGGUGUUCAUAUUUCCAACGCUUCUGUCCAUGAAGCUCCAACCACUUUUGCUGCUUCUUGUGAUGUACUUCUGUGCAUUUGCUGCUUCUUCUGAGAUUGCUUCAGAAGCAAAUGCUUUGUUGAAGUGGAAAUCCAGCCUUGACAACCAAAGUCAUGCUUCUCUCUCUUCAUGGAGUGGCAAUAAUCCUUGCAAUUGGUUCGGAAUUGCAUGUGAUGAGUUCACUUCUGUUUCCAACAUAAAUCUUUCAAAUGUUGGAUUAAGAGGUACGCUUCAAAAUCUCAACUUCUCAUUACUUCCAAACAUUCUCACUCUAAAUAUGAGUCACAACUCCUUGAAUGGAACUAUUCCUCCUCAAAUUGGUUCCUUAUCCAAUCUCAACACUCUUGACUUGUCCACUAAUAACCUCUUUGGUAGCAUUCCCAAUACCAUUGGUAAUCUCUCCAAACUCUUGUUUCUUAAUCUUUCUGACAAUGAUCUCUCUGGUACCAUUCCUUUCACCAUUGGAAAUUUGUCAAAGCUUAGUGUAUUAUCUAUAUCCUUUAAUGAACUCACUGGACCAAUCCCAGCUUCCAUAGGCAACUUGGUCAAUUUGGACUCCAUGCGCCUUCAUGAAAAUAAACUCUCUGGGUCCAUACCUUUCACCAUUGGAAAUUUGUCAAAGCUUAGUGUAUUAUAUAUAUCCUUGAAUGACCUCACUGGACCAAUCCCAACUUCCAUAGGCAACUUGGUCAAUUUGAACUUCAUGCUCCUUGAUGAAAAUAAACUCUUUGGGUCCAUUCCUUUCACCAUUGGAAAUUUGUCAAAGCUAAGUGUAUUAUCUAUAUCCUCUAAUGAACUCUCUGGAGCAAUCCCAGCUUCCAUAGGCAACUUGGUCAAUUUGGACUCCUUGUUCCUUGAUGAAAAUAAACUCUCUGGAUCCAUUCCUUUCACCAUUGGAAAUUUGUCAAAGCUUAGUGUAUUAUCUAUAUACUUUAAUGAACUCACUGGAUCAAUUCCUUCUACUAUUGGAAAUUUAUCAAAUGUCAGGGCAUUACUAUUUUUUGGAAAUGAACUUGGUGGCAAUAUUCCAAUAGAAAUGAGCAUGCUUACUGCUCUGGAAGGUUUGCAUCUAGUUGACAAUAAUUUUAUAGGCCAUUUACCCCAAAACAUUUGCAUUGGCGGAACGUUGAAAAAUUUUUCCGCUUCUAAUAACAACUUCAAAGGUCCAAUUCCAGUGAGUUUGAAGAAUUGCUCCAGCCUUAUAAGAGUCAGGCUUCAGCGAAACCAGCUAACUGGGGAUAUAACAAAUGCUUUUGGUGUACUUCCAAAUUUGGACUACAUCGAAUUGAGUGACAAUCACUUUUAUGGUCCACUUUCACCUAACUGGGGAAAGUUUCGUAGCCUCACAAGCCUCAUGAUCUCCAACAAUAAUUUAUCAGGUUUGAUACCACCAGAACUAGCUGGGGCAACCAAAUUACAACGACUUCACCUGUCCUCAAACCAUCUUACAGGAAACAUUCCACAUGAUUUAUGUAAGUUGCCCUUGUUUGAUCUCUCACUCGACAACAAUAAUCUUACAGGAAAUGUUCCCAAAGAAAUAGCAUCAAUGCAGAAACUUCAAAUUUUGAAGCUUGGAUCAAAUAAGUUGUCUGGCUUAAUCCCAAAACAACUAGGAAAUUUGCUCAAUUUAUUGAACAUGAGUCUGAGCCAAAAUAAUUUUCAGGGAAAUAUUCCUUCAGAGCUUGGCAAACUGAAAUUUCUUACAAGUCUUGAUCUUGGUGGAAAUUCUUUGAGAGGAACAAUACCUUCAAUGUUUGGAGAAUUAAAAAGCUUAGAAACACUGAAUCUCUCUCACAAUAAUCUUUCAGGUGAUCUCUCUAGCUUCGAUGAUAUGACGAGCUUGACAUCUAUUGAUAUAUCAUACAACCAGUUUGAGGGUCCACUUCCAAACAUUCUAGCCUUCCACGACGCUAAAAUUGAAGCAUUGAGAAAUAAUAAAGGCUUGUGUGGCAAUGUCACUGGCUUGGAGCGUUGCUCAACAUCAAGUGGGAAAUCUCAUAAUCAUAUGAGGAAGAAAGUAAUGAUAGUAAUUUUACCUCUUACUUUGGGCAUUCUAAUACUGGCAUUAUUUGCUUUCGGAGUCUCGUAUCAUUUAUGCCAAACCUCAACGAACAAAGAAGACCAGGCUACAAGUAUACAAACUCCUAACAUAUUUGCAAUAUGGAGUUUUGAUGGCAAAAUGGUAUUGGAGAAUAUUAUUGAAGCCACAGAAGAUUUUGACGACAAACAUCUCAUUGGUGUUGGAGGGCAAGGAUGUGUUUACAAAGCAGUGCUGCCUACAGGUCAAGUUGUUGCUGUGAAGAAACUCCAUUCAGUUCCAAUUGGAGAGAUGCUCAAUCUGAAAGCUUUCACAUGUGAGAUCCAAGCUUUGACAGAAAUUCGACAUCGUAACAUUGUAAAGUUAUAUGGGUUUUGUUCACAUUCACAAUUCUCAUUUUUGGUGUGUGAAUUCCUGGAGAAUGGCAGUGUUGAGAAGACUCUGAAGGAUGAUGGACAAGCAAUGGCAUUUGAUUGGUAUAAGAGGGUGAAUGUUGUUAAAGAUGUAGCAAAUGCUUUGUGCUAUAUGCACCUUGAAUGCUCACCUCGAAUUGUUCAUCGUGAUAUAUCAAGCAAGAAUGUUCUUUUGGAUUCCGAAUAUGUAGCUCAUGUCUCAGACUUUGGAACAGCCAAGUUUCUUAAUCCAGAUUCAUCCAAUUGGACCUCAUUCGUAGGAACCUUUGGAUAUGCUGCUCCAGAACUUGCAUACACAAUGGAGGUGAAUGAGAAAUGUGACGUGUAUAGUUUUGGGGUCCUAGCAUGGGAAAUACUUAUUGGGAAGCACCCUGGUGAUGUUAUAUCUUCUUUAUUGGGAUCAUCUCCAUCUACUCUUGUGGCCUCAACACUCGAUCACAUGGCAUUGAUGGAUAAGUUGGACCAACGUCUCCCUCAUCCAACAAAGCCAAUUGGUAAGGAAGUGGCAUCAAUUGCAAAGAUAGCAAUGGCCUGCUUGACUGAAAGUCCACGAUCUCGCCCUACCAUGGAGCAGGUUGCCAAUGAGCUGGUAAUGUCAAGCUCAUCUUCAAUGGAUUAGCUCUACAUUGUCACUUAUAUAUAGCUGAAAGAUUGAGCUUAAUAAACAUGCUUGAGUUUUAAUUGUUCUUUUC